ACCUUGUCUCUCAGAAUCCUCAACGAAACCCGUUUCUUCUCGAAAUUUCCAUUUACACCCUUGAAAGAACCGAGAUGGCCUCUCCCCGUGAAAUAGAGGUAACCCUCUCCUCCGCCGAAGCCCUCAAAAACGUCAACUGGCGCCAUGGCCCAAUCAGGCCAUAUGUCGUCGUAUGGGUGGACCCGAAGAAUAAGUGUUCCUCUAAAGUCGACGAGGAGGGCGACACGUGUCCCAUCUGGGACGAAACUCUAGUCAUUCCUCUCCCCGGUCCCAUCUACGACGACUCCACUCUCUUUGUCGACGUCGUGCACGCCGGCUCCGAGGAGGACACCAAGCCUCUCAUCGGCUCUGCUAAGCUCAAGCUCCGGGAUGUCCUCGACGACGCUGGCUUCGGAGAACGCCACAAGAAAACGCUCCAUCUGAAGCGACCAUCGGGUAGACCCCAAGGAAAAGUUGACGUCAAGGUUUUGAUCCAAGAGCCACGCUAUUAUGCGCGUGAUCCCUACCACGCACCUCCCUACGGGGUCCCACCACCAGCUUCUAGAGACUAUCCUGCUCCACCUGCUUAUGGUUACUCGUACGCGCAGGCGCCAUCGCCGCAAAAUCCUUACUACAACGUAGCCCCGCCAGCUGGCUACCCUAACAGUGCGUACAAUUAUAAUGCUCAGCCGGCGUACGGUCAGGCUCCGUACGGCGAGGGAAGCGGUGGGUACUACGGGCACGAGGAAAAGAAGAAGAGCAAGUUCGGAGGGAUGGGAACAGGAUUGGCUGUUGGUGCGGUUGCAGGGGCUUUGGGUGGGCUCGCGUUAGCGGAGGGUGUGGAUGCGCUGGAGGAUCAUUUCGAAGAUAAGGUGGCGGAGAAAGUUGAAGAAGAUCUCGGAUACGAUGAUGGUGGUGAUGAUUUCUAAUUUUCUAGAUCGUUCUUCGCAUUCUAUGCUGUUAAUGUCAAUUGAAUUGUACUUCAGCACUACCGUAGUAGGAUAUUAAUUAAUCCAUUUAAUGUAAUGGCAAACGUGGUUUUGGGAUUUUGAUGUCUUUUUUCUUAAGUUGAUGGGACAUUGUAACUGAGUGUGGGGAUUGUGGCCAUGUUAAAAAGGAUUGUUUGUCGCAAAUAAAGGCUGAAGUUAGGCAUCUAAUGCCUUGCUGGAAAGUACUCUGUCUCAAUGUAUUGAACAUUCACCUUUAUGAUCAAAGAAAACCAUUUCUUUGGACAA